UUGAUAAGCUACGAUCCAUACCAAACUAUACAGUACGGUUUGAUCAACUGUUGUUCUAACAAUUUCCAACUCUACUUCUGAAGAUUGUUUCAUGUUUGCUUGGAUUGGAUGUAAGUGGAAGAGUGAUAUUUGCAAUUAAACGGAAAGAAAGUAAGAAGGAUGAGAUGACGAGGGAGAGACCAAGGGGACGGAACACAAGAACUGAACUUAUCAGUUAUCGUCGAAGAAUCAGAGAUCGCAACUUGCACGGCCGUUUGGACUUUUAAUCAGUGUUCCAUUAAACCGUACUGUAUCGGCGGUUUAACCACGAAAUACCAGUAUCGGAGGCUAAACCUAUAUGCGGUAGUUAUCGGUAUAACGGUCGAACUACGAUUAAACCACGGUUUUACAAUAAAAUAUCAUACUGCUGACUUUCCCGGUACGAUCUUCGGUACGGUUUCAUGGACCAUGGACCAUGCUUUUAACACAACCAACCACGGACUUAAUCACCAAAUAAACUAACAAACAUAGAGAUUACCGCAAUACCUAGAAUCUUGACUCUUAACACAAGACAGUGGUAAUAUACCCUCAGGGAAGAGCACAAAAAUUGAACCUAGGCACACAAAACAAAUGUACAUACACCCUUCUACACAAUGACCUACAGAAGUUCCGAACAAUAAGAACAGAUGUCGGGAUCAUACAAAGCACGGGGCGCAGGAUAAAGGAACUGUCAAACUUAUGUCAAUUCUGCAACGUCAUCAUCGAGGCAGAGUCGGGUUCGUAGCCAUGUACCCGGAAGCGGUAUAUGCAGGUGUGGGCGUGGCUGCCAUGGUUCGACGUGAAGUCCAGCCUGACGGUGUCGAUGACAUGUGAGGCCGCCGAGUCAAGAACGUUGAUGGUCUGUGCAUUGCUCUUUUCCAGAUCGUACGUGAACUCGGCGAGUAGAAACAGCUUCUCAGGAUCCGCAGUUGAAGUAACGUCAGUCCCUCUGAACCAGCCAGAAACACGGCAGUCCUUCGGGGCACUUGACCGGUCAUACGCUACACUCUGUAAAAGGAAAACAACGAACAGGAGCAAUUGAUAAGGAUGUCAAAACAUGCUAGCACCAAAAAAAAAACAUUUAAGUGUCACUGGCAGAAUGGCAGAAGCCCCCCCAGCCAUAAGAACACCAAGCUCUAUAUAAGUAGCUUCAUCUCUGGCAAGGAUGCUGUUACUACCAUCCUAAAAUCCUGCACAAAGAGCCCCUAACUAUGUUGAGGCAACAAACAAACAGCAGCAGAACACAUAAGCACCACCCUGCUAUGUAGUUGACUUGUAACAAACUCUUAUACCUUGCUAUAACCUCCCGUCUCAGUGAUAACUAUGUUAGAACAGAAAAUAAGCUCAUUCCUGCAGGCUGGAUAAGGUGUUUCUAAAUAGAGCUCCUAGUGUCCUAAUAGCAGAAGAAGAAUCGCAAGACACUCAUCAAAGAUGAAACCAAGAUAUGUGCAAUCCAUUUUGAUUAUCUAGAGUACGGACUUGGAAGCAUUGAAGUCACAGCAUCAGUCAUGUGAUAACACUGUGGGCUCAGGACCAUACGCAGAAUGAUUAGAAGCACGCUUGGCACUUCCAUACAUUAAAAAAUGAACCCUAAAACAAAUGCAAACUACAGGGCCAUUCUUGGUUAUAGGAGUACCCUAACCACUACUUGAGAAUCACGCACAAUCCUUGACGAGCUCACAUGAUCAAACUAUAAAGAUGCAGGCAUAAACUAUCAAUAUAAAAAGAUUCUCAAAUCAGACAAUGCGCUUAGGUUUCUGUUUUAGGAAUAUGGGUCAAGGUUACUUAUGACGACAGCUAUAUAGAGGAAACCCCGAAAUUAGUAUAUAAUAUCUCCAGAAGGAUUAUAAAAGAAGUAUAUACUCAAAAUGCUGCAUUCUCAUUUCUCAGGAGGAAAAGAAUCAGUUCAUGCUACAAUUUUAUCAUGUAUUAGGCUCCUAGCCUUCAAUUGCUUCAAUGGUUCACCGAACAGAAAUCCAGUUCAAACUAGUGACUAAUAACAGCAUCUAAGAAGGCGUGUGUCAGUUGUCUAUAAGAGAACUGCAGCGGUUCUGACCACCAAAGGUGCAACAGCAUUGGCCGACUAGUAUAGCGACCUAGUUUCAGAGAAAAUAUGGAUGAUUCUCAAAUUCACUUUAAAGGUUGGGAAAGAAACCACUAGUUCAGAC